GAACAGCCUGGCAGGGUUUGCAGCUGCUGCCUGGUGGGCACGAAAAACUGGCAAGUUUUGCUCAAGACUCUCUUUCAGCGACGGCGAGCCAUGCGACGAAGACUGAAUGGGCGAGAUGUCGAGCAGGAAGGUUUGCUGUCCAAACAUAUCGAGUAGAUGCUUCGAUGAAGGUAAUCACGUACAGCUCUUCUUUAGGUCCUGCUUCAGGUAAGUUAAGAAUAUCGCUGUAGACCUUCUGCAUCAGUUUGUAACGAGUGGAGCCAGGAAAAUGACUCGAAAACGGGUCGUGGGUAAGAUUGGUGACCGGACACGUGGUGCAGACCGUUGGGCGAGACUGCGGUUUCAUCUCCGUGCCGUCAGAUAAAAGUCGGCGUUAGUAUAAAAUGAAGAAAUGAUGAAAGGAGAAAGAGCUGGAGACAUGUCAAUCUCCCCUUCGACGAAACGGUUUGAUGGCAGAUGGUCCUGCGACAGCUACUGGAAGACUCGGCUGCUCGGCGACUUCUUCUUUCACGGCUUCCUCGACGACUUCGGGUUCAUCAGCUGCAAGUCCACUGAUUUCUCCCCAAAGUGGAGCUGGAGUUCCUUGGAAGGCUGCACGGGUGUUAUAGAAGGUUCGCCAAGCAUUGGCGCCUUCAUCGGCGGUAUUAAACUCCCAAGUAUCCAGUGCGGGACCGAGACCAAGGACGCGUUCAGAAUCACCAGAGGUGCCCUGUGCUGUGAACUGAAGAACUGAUACUCCAUGUUGAGUAGCAGCGCGACCGAGGAGUUGAGCUGUGGAGAGAAGAUUGAAACCAAGGCUGGCGACGAUAGGAACAUUGGUAACGUAUGCAAAGACCGGAGGACGAUGCUGUGAUGGCGGUGUACUCUGCGGCAUCUGCUGCGUCUGGGACGUCGACUGCUGCAUUUGCUGAUGUGGCUUCGGUAACUGCUGCGAACGAUGAUAUGGUUGCGAAGUGCUGCGACGGUUUUGACAACGACUGCGACAAGUUUGGUCAAGAUCUUGCUGUUCCGCUUGAAGAUACGACGAAAUUUCGGUUUCUGAGAGGUUCGGAUUCAUGCGCAAGAAGGCGCGCGUCUGUCGCCACUCGGGACCAAGUCCAGCAAGAAGGACCAUGAGAUACAUCUCACGAGGGAAGUAUCCUCCACUCUUCUCCAGUUGAUCUUGUAGUGUGCGAACACGAUUGACGUAAUCCAUGACAUUCUCGUUUGUCAUCAUCUGCACACUUGUCAGCUGCGAAAGAAUCUUACUUGCUGUUAUUGUGUCUUUUGCCAUGUACACCCCCUUUAAGUGGUUCCAUGCAGUUUCAGCUGGCGUGAAGCUUGAAUGAAAAGAUCGAACGCCAAGCUGCUCCUUUGGCGACAGGUUCCGAACUAGAACCGUAUACGCCCCGAGAGAGGCGUGCAGGAAACUCUGUUGCUCCAGUUGUGUUCCCAUGACAGGAUACGUAAACUCGCCGGUGAAGAACGGCCAUAGCCCAGCGAACUGCGCCAGAAGCUCAAACUCGAAGCUCCAGGAGUAAAAUUCAACUCCGUUAAAAGGUGAUCGCCCGAAGAUGUAAAAGGGCUGCUGCUGCUGCGACUGCGGCUGCUGCGUAAACGGCGAGAAGGCAAAUGAGCCAUCGAUGAAACACCUGGAGUACUGACAGAAGGCGGAUUCUGCUGCUGCAUACUGAUGUGCGCAUAAGCCAGUGGAAACGGUCCAGAGGCUGAGAGACCAGUGGCGGUCGUGGAGACAGGUACUCCAGUAGUUCCAGAACUGGAUCCGGUAGAUGGUGCUGGUGAUGUCCCAGUCAUUGUUGACAGUAGUCUUAAAUCCAGAUAGCUCUCAUACCAUGUAAUAAUUUGACAGGUGUUGC